AUGACAUCGAUCGUUACCUAUUUGAAACAUAUAAACACAAUGGCUACUUCGUCCAAGCCACGCUCGGAAAUGACUCUUGAAGAGUUAUCUAAAAUAGAGGAGGAGGAAUUUAGCACUGGCCCGCUGUCUGUUCUUACCCAGUCGGUCAAGAAUAAUACACAAGUAUUAAUAAAUUGUCGAAACAACAAAAAACUUUUGGGACGCGUGAAGGCUUUCGACCGGCAUUGUAACAUGGUGUUAGAAAAUGUAAAAGAAAUGUGGACUGAGGUGCCUCGGACUGGUAAAGGAAAAAAGGGUAAAGCAGUAAACAAAGACAAAUUCAUUUCCAAAAUGUUCCUUCGUGGUGAUUCUGUAAUCUUAGUGUUAAGAAACCCUCUGGCUACAGCUGCUGGAAAA